AUGAGAAUCUUAUCUCAUAUCUUAUUUUGUGAUGAAAAAGAAAUUCCGUUGAAGAAUAUUAUAUCAGCUGCUACAGAUGGUGCUCCAGCUAUGACGGGGUGUCAAAAAGUAUCGUACUUAAAAAAGAAAAUUCCUGAUGUGCUUGCUGUACAUUGCGUUAUACAUCGACAGCAUUUAGUUGCUAGAAAUUUAAGUGAACGACUAUUUCAAUCGUUGCAACAUGUCAUCAGAGCAGUCAAUAAAAUCCGAAACAACUCUUUAAAUGACAGAUUAUUUAAUCAGCUUUGUGUUGAUAAUGAUGAAGAUUUCAACAGAUUGAUCUUUCACACAGAAGUGCGUUGGCUAUCAAAAGAAAAUUGUCUGACUCGUUUUUACAAUCUGUUUGACUCUGUCAUAGAGUUCUUGGAAAACAAAGACACAGAAUUGCGCGAAAACCUCAUCACAUCAAAGAAUGAUAUCGCAUACCUGACAGACCUUUAUACAUUGCUUAAUGAUAUGAAUCUCCAACUUCAAGGCGAUGACUUGAACUUAAUAAAAACAAAAAAUGUCGUCGCUGCUUUCGUAGCCAAGCUGCUCUUACACAAAAAGAAUAUCGGCAGACGUGAGUUCCAUAAUUUUCCCAAUUUAUCAGUAUCCUGCAACAACGACGACUUGCUCGUCUACUGCCCACAUUUGUAA